GAGAGAUUCUCCUGCACGCACAUUCCCCUCGUACGCACGCGUGUGAUUCUUAUCUCGUGUACGAAUGACUCACUCCUACAUAUAGCAUGUAGGGGUACCUGUCAUACUCGCUGUGUUCCUUCGAGUCCGCCCGAAAAAUUAUACCUUGCGUACAUAUCGAAGAUGGCCAACUCGGACGUCCAGUUGUUCAACUAUGACAUUCUUCAACUCUCUUUCGGCUGUGGGAUCCACACCGUCACGGUCAAGACGGCGAAGAUGAUCAGGGUAGCAGGAUGGAUUCUCAUCGUAAUAGGAAUUGUUUUGAUCGGGCUUGCGAUUACCAACAUCGCAAUACAGUCUGAUGAAGGUUGCGAGGAGUGGUGUGGCAACGUGUUGGGAGCUUUCUUUUCUGCUCUUGCAUGCAUCAUCGGCGGGAGUCUAGCUAUUAACCGAGUCAAUCGGGCUUUGAAAAUGCUCAUGAUAAACAAGAGGGCUGGAUCAUAUCAGCAAGGAUUUCCCAGCGCGUUUCCACAGCAACCUGCAUACGGAUACCCUGGUCAGCAGCCGCCAGCGUUUUCUCAAGGGUACCCAGGACCACCGCCGGAUUACCGACCGAGUUAGAAUGCCUGUCUGAAUCUGAAUGUCGAGAAUAUCGAGUUCGAGAAGAAUGUGUGACUCGUGUGAAUAUUCUCUUGCCUGGAGUAAAUGAUAUUCAUCCUCACCCUUCAAAAAUUCAAUUUGAGACCCUUUCUACAUUGUAACAUUUCUCUACAUUUCAUUAAUUUGUUGAUCCACGAUAUCUUUAACACCCCACUUAAGAUCAGAUUGGAG